AUGCCACCUAAAAGUGGUCCAAGAAAAGCAGAUUCAAGAGCCUGUCUAGUCUGUGGGAUAUUACAAACUCCGAAUGAAUUCCUCAAUGAUGGUUGUCCGAAUUGUGAAGAGAUAUUGAAUCUUAAAGGCAACGCGGACAGAGUGGCUGAAUGUACUUCCGCUCUAUACGAUGGAGUUAUAGCUAUGAUGCAACCGGAGGAAUCUUGGGUAGCGAAAUGGCAACGGAUAGACAAAAAACGAAGAGGACUAUAUGCCGUCAGAGUGACAGGAAGACCACCACAGGACGUUAUAGAUGCUAUCGAAGAACGAGGAGGGGUGUAUAGACCUCGAGAUACCGUGGAAGAUUGA